CGUCACUGCAUCAUAGGCUGACUUCGUCUCCUACGCUUGCGUCUCUCCUUCUCUCCAACUUCCAUCUACUGGCGUGUCGGGCCUUUCCCAUUCUUGUAUCCCAUCUUCCGUCGACUCAGCUCCCCACGCAAGCCAGCUUCCAGGCCUCCCUCGCUGUCUCCACUCGACGACAACUUGAACAACCUUAAUCAACUUCGUAACAAUGGCAAACCACUCUGUACGCCUUCCCAUGCGCAACCGCAUCGGCCCUCAACGAAAAGUCAACGGCGACGAAAACGCCAUGAGUCGCCAUGUCCGCCAAUCUUCUAGCAUUACCGGCGGCGCAGCUCGCGUAGCUAUUCCUCCAGGCCACGCAGCCAAGGCUGCUCUUCUCCAACGUCCGGCUCUCAACGAGGUUACUACUACUGCUGUUAACCGCAAGGAGAACAUCAAGCUCAAUGGCAUUGGUAAGGAGAAGGAGGUUGUUGAUGCUGGCAUCAAGCGCAGCGCCUCCACUACCUUCGCCAGUGGUCCCCAGAGGGUCCCGCUGGCUUCCACUCGAGCUGCUCCGAAUGCCCCGGCCGCGGCUCAUGCUCGUGCAUCAUCUAUCCGUGUCCAGCGGCCCCAUAAUCCUCCUGCCCGCGUAGCCCAUCGUGUCCCUGUUCCCGUCCCACAAGAAUACCUCGUUCACGAGGAAGAUGUUGACGUUGAUGAAGUCGACAUGGACGUCGAAUACCAGGACGGCGUCCCGACGCAGGACAUCCAGGUCGAGGACGACGAGGCUUAUGUCGUCGAUGAACGCGAUACAGAGGCGAUGGAGCCCGACGCUGUCGAGGACGAGCCCGAGCAGGCUCCCCGCGUCUGGCCCGAGAUGAGCACCGAGCGUGCCCAACGAUACCAACGGGAGAUCGACGAGAUCAAGUACCGUUACAAGGACCCCGUUGAUGAAUUUGACAUGACUAUGGUUUCGGAGUAUGCCGAAGACAUCUUCGACUACAUGAACGACCUCGAGGAUGAUGUUAUGCCCAACCCGGAGUAUAUGGAAGGCCAGACGGAGAUUAACUGGUCGAUGCGUCAAACGCUCGUUGACUGGCUAUUGCAAGUGCACCUCCGCUACCACAUGCUGCCCGAGACGCUCUGGAUCGCGGUCAACAUCGUCGACCGUUUCCUGACCAAGCGUAUCGUCUCGGUGCUCAAGCUACAGCUCGUCGGCGUCACCGCGAUGUUCGUCGCUGCCAAGUACGAGGAGAUCCUUGCACCCUCCGUCGAUGAGUUCGUCUACAUGACGGAGAACGGCUACUCACGCGAGGAGAUCCUGAAGGGCGAGCGGAUAGUCCUUCAGACGCUGGACUUCAGGGUCAGCCACUAUUGCUCGCCGUAUAGCUGGAUGCGCAAAAUCAGCAAGGCAGAUGACUACGACAUCCAGACCCGCACGCUGAGCAAGUUCCUCACGGAGGUCACGCUGCUUGAUUACCGGUUCUUGCGGGUGAAGCCCAGUCUGGUCGCGGCGGUGGGCAUGUACACUGCGAGGAGAAUGCUCGGUGGUGACUGGAACGAUGCCUUUGUCUAUCACUCCGGUGUAACGGAGGAGCAUGUUCUUCCCGGGCACCGUAUGCUCUUGGAGAAGCUCGUCGAGGACGGGUUCACCAAGCAGCACGUCUGCGAGAAGUACUCGCACAAGAAGUUCCUGAAGGCGUCGAUGUAUGCCAUCGAGUGGGCCCACAACCACCUCCACCAAGAACUCGCCGGGGAACAGAUGAACCUCGAGGACUAAGGAAGCCUAUGGUGCGAGGGCGAGCUGCUUGGCAUCACACGCAUCAUCCACCAUAUCAUCUCCACUAUCCAUUCAGGCUCAUCCAUCCUCCAUGAUCUACUUUAUUUUGUCUCGUCGUCUCUCUCAUCUGC